GCAAGUGUCGUGGUUCGUCUUUCUUCUUCUUCUUCUCCCCCAAUCCGAGCCACAAACGUCGCAACUCCUUGGCUGAUCGCAGCGUGCUUGGCCUUUUCGUCUUCAGCAGGAACGUGUGCUUGCACCGCUGAAGCCUAAAUUGAUUUAAGUAGAAAAGGUUGUUUCUACAAUGGCUACAGUUGACGAAGUUGGUGUGUGUGCACUUGUGUUCGAUUUUCUGGCGAAAAAGGACAAAUCGUUGGCACAUUUAUUUCAACAGAAGACGAAAGCGGUAACAUUACCGAAAGGAUCACCCACAAUAUUUGAUGUUGUUAGACAUUAUCAGAGCACAUCUCCGAAGAAAAUUGUGGUUAAGAAUCAAUCAAAGAAGGAUUCAAGUUCUGAAUCUAGUUCAGAAUCCGAAGAUGAAACUCCCAAGAAAGUAAAUGGUGUUGCCAAACCUGCUCAGAAAGUUGCCAAUGGCAAAGCUGCAAAGUCAAGUAGUGAGGACAGUAGCUCUGAAGAGGAACAACCGAAGAAACUGUCUACACCUGCCAAACCAACUCCUAAGGCAGCUGUGCCGAAGAAAGCAGAAUCCAGUGACAGUGAUGACAGUGAUAGUUCAGAUGAGGCUCCAACCAAGAAACCAGCUACACCAGCCAAGACCGCUACUCCUGCCAAGGCUACUCCUGCCAAGGCUACUCCUGCCAAGGCUACCCCUGCCAAGGCCACUCCUGCCAAGGCUACUCCAGCAAAGAAAGCCGAAAGCAGCAGUGAGGACUCGGACGACAGUUCUGAAGAUGAAGAAACUGUUCCCAAGGUUGUAACGAAGGCUGCUCCAGCCAAAGCUGCUCCCAUCAAGGCACCUACUCCUGCCAAGAAGAAAGAAUCAAGUUCUGAUGAUUCAGAUUCAUCUGAUGAUGAACCACCUAAGGGGAAGCAGGUGAAACCGACACCUGCCAAGCCUGUUGCUCAGAAAGAAGAUUCAUCGUCCGAUGACAGUGAUGAUGAUGAUGGCGAAGUUGUUACUCCAGCUUUCAAGCCUGGUCAAUCUAAAGGACCUGCCAAACCAGCUGCCAAGCCAGCUGCUAAAGCAGCAGCAGAGUCAAGUGAUGACAGCGACAGUGAUUCUUCUGACUCAUCCAAACCAGCAGUCAAGGUUCCGACUCCAGCCAAAUCACCUGCAGUAAAGAAGGCUGUUGCUAAAGCUAAGGAAUCAUCGUCUGAAGACUCAGAUGAAGAUUCAGAUGAGGAGGAAGCUCCCAAAAAAGUACCUGUGAAGGUUACCCCUGCCAAGGCUGCUCCUGCUAAGGAGAGUUCUUCAGAGGACUCUGACUCUAGUGAAGAAAGUGCCCCUGCUCCUAAACCUGCUGCCAAGGCUUCACCUCAGAAAAGGAAACGGGAGAAGUCUAGUUCUGAGGAAGAGGAUGAGGAUGAAACACCAAAACUGAAAAAGCCAGCAGCUAGCCCAUACUCAAACCAUUUUGUGAAAGGAGAUGAUCAGGAAAAUGAGGAUUGCGAAUCAAAAGUAAAUCAGGCUCGCCGCCUCUCUGAACCAUUCCGAAGAGUGCGAGCUGAAACUGUAGCAGUUGAUCCACGCUUCGCCAAUAACUCAUUUGACGCCAAGAGGGGUUCACGGGGCUCUUGGGGUGAAAGAGCCAAUGAAGACUUGAGAUUUACCAGAGGCAAGUCAUUCCGUCAUGAGAAGACUAAGAAGAAGCGUGGGAGCUACCGAGGUGGUCAGAUUGAUGUGACCGUGAAUUCUAUUCGUUUUGAGGACUGAUUGUUUUGAUUUUGAACUUGUGUGACAAAGCUAUGGACUAAAUGUCUGCAUCAUGCUGUUGUAUCUACUACAAAUGAAGUGGGGCAAUGGAGAUUCAUGGUAUUAUACAACCAUGUGUAUAAGUUUAAAAUUAGGCUAAGUGGUGUCAGUCCUGCUGAGAGGGCUUGAAUGAUCACUAUGUAAAUAUUGUUAUUCUUUGUCCACUAGUGGACAGAAGUGUUACCUCUUUUGUAUCUUACUUUUUAGGGAUAAGAUUGUGGUUUCAAGAAGUGACAAGUUUUGUGACUGAAAAGUUUUACUUUUUAAUGCUGGCUUCAUAAUGUACCUAAUAUAAUACUGCAUUUUUUGAUGCUAGGUCUUAUAUGCUUGUAAAUAUGUCCUAUGUGUAUGAUCUAGUGUUAACUGACUGUAUUAUGACAAGACGUUAUAAAAGCCCAGUAUGUGUUUGCACCUGAGUGUAAGCUGCCUGUCUGAUCACAUUUAUUAAAUUGUCGAAGCUGGCAUAUAUUUUAUUCAAA